CAUUUUAUAACCCCAAACACGUCAGUGAAGUUGGACGGGUAGCUGGAUGGGUGAAGAUAAAGCUGAAAAUCGUCUGAGAUUUACUUUAGAGAUGUUAGAUAUUAACUGAGGACAAUAGCGGGUCUGUAAUCACCUACAUUUACACACGAAUUUACAAACUUCAGCGCGGGGAAAACAGCUGACGGAGCGCGAAAGUUUGCCGAAGCGGAGGACAUGGAGGAGAAGAAGGAGGAGAAGAGGGGGGCAGAGAUCCAGGAGCACGGCCCGGAGCACUGGUUCUCCAGCUGGGAGAGGCAGUGCCUGGCCGAAGCCGAGCAGGACGAGCCUAGCGGGGGGGAGGAGGUCGACCAGAGCCAGGAGAAACUGUGGCACCUUUUCCAGAAUUCAGCCACGGCCGUGGCGCAGCUUUAUAAAGAUCGAGUUUGCCACCAACAAGGACUCUCGCUCUGGGUGCCCUUUCAGAAUGCUGCCACAGCAGUGACCAAUCUUUACAAAGAGAGUGUAGACGCACAUGAGAGGAGCUAUGAUCUAGGAAUUCAGACUGGCCAUCAGAGACGCAGUAAAGAUGUUUUGGCUUGGGUGAAGAAACGAAGGAGGACUAUCCGAAGGGAGGAUUUGAUAAGCUUUCUAUGUGGCAAAGCACCUCCGCCAAGGAUUUCAAGAGCAGCACCCAGACUGUCUCCUAACCGUCAACCUUCAUCAGAUACCGUGUCAUCUGUAGAAACUGAUUUACAACCGUUCCGUGAAGCCAUAGCACUGCAUGGUCUAAGUGGAGCGAUGGCGAGCAUUAGCGUGCGUUCCAGCACUCCUGGCUCCCCCACUCACGUCAGUAGCAGCUCCAACUCCAGCCGCAGGAGAAGCGGCUUUCACGACGUGGACUUGAACACUUUCAUAUCGGAGGAGAUGGCGCUGCACCUGGACAGUGGCGGGAACAGAAAGCGGACAUCAGCCCAGUGCACUGAUGUCAUCACAGACUCGCCGACCCAUAAACGCAACAGGAUGAUAUGAGCCUGGUCAGCAAUCACAAACGCACUAUGCUGCUUUUUUCCUUUUUUUUUUUUUUUUUUUGGAGAAAAAUAAAAGCCACUUAAUCCUUCAGUACCUUCAUGUCCCCUCCCUUUUAAAAGGAAAGGAAGCAAGGGCCAUUGAACACCUCGCAUCUCAGAGCUUCAAUAAUGACUGGCGUAAAGCUGACAGACAAGACCUAUGGACAGAGACAGACAGACUUACAGAUGACUCGACAGACACAUGGACCACUGCUGUACCUUUUUUUUUUCUUUUUGAAUUUAUUUAGAACAGCUUUGUUUUACUACAUUUUGCCACAAGGUGGAGUCAGUCCACGUAGGAAACAAAAGGAGUUCUGCACCCAGACGUGUGCUAACGUGGCUAACAGUGAAUGAAGCAAACUGUGACCAGAUACGUUGGUCUCAUUUGCAUAUCGUUAGCCUGCUGUUACAACCGCCACUGCAGCGUUUUCUGCAUUUUUUGGAAUUGGGUGCUGUUAAGAGUAAGUAGUUAACAAGAUUAGAUUCUGCCAGCUGCCAAAAGACACUGAUCUUUAUGAUUUAACAUAUGGUAAAUGAGAAUUCCACUUAUUUUCCUUCAAUGAAGUCUGUAUAAUUAAGCCAUUAUGCUGAAAAGUGUCAUUCAGAGUGAUCUGGUAUGAAAUGGUUAAUUACAGAGAUAAUGACUGAUUCUAGAUUUAUGUUACAGCAAUGAUGAAUGGAUACAGCUGCCCCAAUGAUUAUAUAUCACACAGAUAUAGUGAUGCAGUAUUUAAAUUCUGUAUUACUUAUGAUAUAUGUAAUGCAUUCAUAAGUAAAUAUUUGGAUGGCUAAUUUGUGUGAAGUCAAAAAUUCUCGAUUUCUUCUAAAUCUCUUUCUUUAACCUACCUUUUAAUAAGAGUUUGAGUUAAAUUUGAAUUUCUACAGUGCUACGUUUCACAUCAGAACGCUCUGAUUAACCAAGAUGGACAUCUUAAUGGCUGAAUUAAACAGAAAAAUCACAUUUCGUGCAUAUUUAAGAUAACUGCAGACAGGGAUUGUUUAAAAAUGAAAGAACUGAUGAUGGAAAUACAAGAGAGAUACAAUUGAGAAAUUAAUAGAAUAAAAGGUUUAUAAUGAAGCAUUUUUUUUCCAGAUCAGUGGCUCUCAACCCUAAUCCUGAUCUGCACAUUCUAAGCCCUUUCACACCUGUACAGUAACUCAGAAUAUUACCUAGAGAAGCCAUGCGGAUCUAUAGAAGCCCAUUCCGGCCACCUAAAAUUAAGAAAGAAAAAAUCCAGCACACUUUUUUUCUUCUGAAGUAAACUGCUAUCUUAUAAUUUUGAGAUAGCAAGUCAUUAUUUUGAGAUAGCAAGAGUGUUUGGUUUUGGAAAAAAAAUAUUUUAAAAUAAUGACUUACUAUCACAAAAUAAUGAAAUAGAGUUGGUAUCUCAAAAUAACUACAUACUAUUUUAAAAUAAAAUCUUUUUAAGGUGGAGGGAAUUGGCUUCCAUACAUGUGAGUUGGGUCAGAGAUUAUUCCACCAGCCCUCUGGGUAGUGUCUGAAUGAGCUUGUAUGAAAGAAGCAGGUAUUUUUCUAGAGAAUUUACCCAGUGGGUCAUACUGAACGUCCAAAAGCUCCGCCCCUUGCCAAAACCACGCAGAACAUUUCCUUUUGUGUUCUCGCAUCCCACAUGAGUCUCUGGUUCUAUGCCACAUGAACAAAAGGGCAGCUGCAGGUAAAGUCUGGAGAGCUUCUAAAGCUCCUAUGUGAAGCUGGCCCUAGUGUUUUUAACCUGCUCCUAACACAUCAGAUCUACCUGAUCAGCUUUUUAAGAAGUCUAGAAGGCUAGGGUGAUGUUAGAACAGGAGGUUCUUCCAAGAACAAGGCUGGGAACCACUGGUCUGGAAAUUAUUACAUAUUAGCUGCGUUCCAAAGCCUAGGCUACAGUAGAGGUAGAAGAAGUACCAUAUAAAGGCUUCUUCUCAGGCUUUUUGAUCACACAGUGUUUGAGUUUCUUGAGGAACUUUUAGUUCUUCUUCUGUUUGAAACUGUAGAGAAACACUCUAAGGUGCUUUUAAGGAACAUUUUCUUCUUCUUAACAUAACAUAAAAUUAACAUAAAAUGAAGGCUUAACUGCUCAAUUUCUGUGGUGCGCCUUCUUUUCCUGUGAAUUGUGGGCAAAUAAAGUCCAUAGAUUCAAGGAUACAUGAUUUGUGUCUUCCAAAUCACUCUAUACGUCAGCUGCAUGUGAAAGGUCCUUCACUUUGAAACAACCCUUAGUGGCGUAGCAGCUGAAAAAAAAAAAAAAAACCUAACUAACCACAAAAAACUAACCACAAAUGCAGCCUAGGCAUUGGAACACAGCUUAUGUCUGCAGUAAUUGUGAUCCAAACCAAAAAAGUGGGUAGAGAUUGGAUUAAAAAGCAGAUAGUCUGGACUGACCACUCCAUUAAAACCAUUAAAGCGCAGUCUGAUAACUUCCCCUUAUAAGGCUAGUUGGACAUUUUAAGUGAACUGGCCAGACAUGUGCUUCCACAAGGCUGGAGUUUGAUCCAGAUUGGACCUACUGGAGCUGGUGUUGAUUGACGGACAGUAUUUUCACUUCCGUCACUGAUUGCUUGCUUUCACCACACCGUGUGGGCUGAACCCUCGACUCCUGGACUCUCCUGACUGGCUAUCUAGUUACAAAAGUCACUUUAAUAUAUUAUUCAUCUUGCCUUUGUUCUUCUAUCAUGGCCGUUCUGUUCUGAUGUGUUCUAUUCAGCUGGAGUAUUAAUGGACAGAGUGCAAAAUCAGUCUUAUUUCCAAGCUGCUGUGGACUGAAGAAGCGUUUGUGGAUUUGUGGAAGCAAAGAUCUUGCACUAAAACCACUGAAAGAAGGAAACGCACCAGAGGAGCGUACGUUUAGUGCAAUUAUUGAUGUUUAUAUUACAUGGCUUGAAGUGGCAGGUCCCUGGCUCGAAACCAUGUGUCAAGAGUGCAACACAACAAAGUUAACGAAGUUAAAGACGAGCCACCUCUUCAGAGGAGAUUACUGAUGACCAGAAACCUGUGUUGGCUUAAAUUUGAAGUGUCCUUUAAACGUGUUUCUCAAAAGUACGAAGCCGAGGACUGCCUGGACCGGACGCUGGACGCUUCAGAUUUCGAAUACGAAUUUCAGAUUCACAUUUACAACCAGGCAGACUGAAGUCAGUGCAGUCCUCUGGAUCUGAAGAGUCUUGAACUUUGGGAAUUAAACCUCUUUAAACCACUAAAGUUAACAAAUUCAAGUACUAUUCAAAUUCUGUUUUGUUUGUGGAAAAUUUAGAGUUUUGAGAAACAUUUAGCUGUUAGUGUGACAUUGUGAAGCAAAAAAAAAAAAAAAAAGCAGUAAAAUAAUUUGGUAUAAUUAGUUUCAGUACAAAACAGAGAGCUUAAUUGUUGAUGUUAAAAAAGAAAAUAGAACUUAAACUUAAACUUGGUUAUUUAUGUUAAUAUAAUGUUUUGUUAAUGAUUUGCCCCACGUUAAAUGCUGUACACCGAUGUGGUUGCAUCCAUCACUACUAUUUUUCUUCUCUUCUUUGUUCUUUGUGUUCAUUGGAUAACACUACCGCGUCUGUACAGUUCAUGUAGGACCCAGUAAUGUUGUUUUUGGACUUUGUCUCAACACAGAGAUAAUUUAGCUGUCCUUGAAAACAUCUAGGGGCUGCGGUUCAUACCGCAGUUCUGAAUUUUUGUCGCACAAACAAAAAAAAAUUGUGAUGUUUACAGCACUCUGCCACAGACCUGUUCAUAAAUUAUUUGCUGAAAUAAAACUAAAAUUAUUACAA